AAACGGUUGUUACGCGGCUACUCCUCCGGCUGCCACGUCAUCUCAUUGUUCAAAUCCAACCGACACGGCUUCUCUUCAAUCUUAAGGAAAUUGUCCAAAUGUUAAUCCUUCGCUGCAAAUCAACUUCACAAAAAUGUCUUCUCCCAAUUCUCUCUACCCAAAAGUCGAACUCUCAAACCCAGAAGCCAUUUCUGCUACUUCAACUUCCUCUUCUUCUUUGUACCCUUCUAUUGACAUGGAAGACGCGGCCGAGAACCUCCUUCCUGAAUACGACGCCGGUUUGCUGUCUGCGAACUCUCAACCUUAUGAAGAACCUCUCAUCACCAUCCCAGGUGCAUUCGUCCAUCUGAUUGAGAAAGACCGUAGCAUUCAGCUCGCUUGUGGUGACCUCACAAUCGUCUGUCUCAAACAGGGUGAUGCCGUGGUUGCUGUUCUUGCUCGUGUUGGAGAUGAUAUUCAGUGGCCUUUGGCCAAAGAUGAGGCAUCUGUGAAACUCGAUGAAUCCCAUUACUUCUUUAAUCUUCGCGUUCCUGGAAAUGAAAAAGGGAUGAAUGAAGGUAAAUAUGAGAGUGAGGUUGAAAAUGAGGUGGAAAUGGAGUUAUUGAAUUAUGGAGUUACAAUUGCGUCGAAAGGACAGGAGGCUUUAUUGAAGGAAUUCGAUAAUAUAUUGGAGUCUUAUAGUUCUUUCACUGUGCAAGAAGUGAAUGAGAGAGGGGACUGGGAGUUGAUAGAAUGGAAAACGGCGAGGGGGAUAUCGCCGGAGGAUUUAAAGACGAAAGAGAAGAAGAAAGAGUUGGAGGAGUGUUCGGCGGCAUAUUGGACUGUAUUGGCUCCAAAUGUAGAGGAUUAUAGUGGGUCUGUCUCGAGGAUGAUUGCAGCUGGGUCAGGGCAGCUGAUUAAGGGGAUAUUGUUGUGUGGGGAUGUGACUGUGGAUAGAUUGAAGUGGGGGAAUGAGUUCUUGAAGAAUAGGAUGGGGGAGAGAUCAGAUACGGAGAUUAGCCCGGCAGCAAUGAGGAGAAUCAAAAGGGUUAAGAGGUUGACAAGAAUGUCCGAGGAAGUGGCCAUUGGAAUCCUUUCAGGGGUUGUGAAAAUCUCAGGAUUCGUUACAAGUUCAAUUGCUAACUCUAAAGCUGGAAAAAAUUUUUUUAGCAUGUUGCCUGGAGAAAUUGUGCUUGCUUCUUUGGAAGGAUAUAACAAGGUCUGCGAUGCUAUUGAGGUUGCUGGAAAGAAUGUCAUGUCAACGUCAUCAGUAGUGACAAAGGGCCUCGUCUCACAGAGGUAUGGCGAACAGGCAGCGAAGGCAACAAAUGAAGGACUAGAUGCUGCAGGACAUGCAAUUGGCACUGCUUGGACAGUUUUCAAGAUAAGAAAAGUUCUUAACCCAAAGAGUGUCUUCAAACCCACAACUCUUGCCAAGGCUGCUGCAGAGGCAAAUGCUACUGAAUUGAAGGCUAAAAAAAAGAAGUAAAUGUUGCAUAGCUUUUUAUGGGUACAAGGGACCGGAAAUUCUGUAGCACUUUUAUCUUUGUUGUUUAAGUUUGUAAAGGUUUGUCUUUUUGGUUGUAUGUGAGAGAAUGUAAACAGGUCAUCUGUAUUUGUUGGAUUGUCAUUUAUCUGAUGGAUUGUUCAAUUAAAGGUUGACCAGAAGUGCAAUUCUAAGAUAAA